GGGGGGUGUAUUGAAUGAAGAGUUUGUGGGAUUGUGUUGUGUUUCAAGAAUCCUCUCAAAUCAACAGGUAUUCAAUCACGAUUUUAAAAAUUCCUUUAGAAUCUUGAGGUAUUCAAUCAUGAUUUAGAAAAAUCAUACGAAACCGGGUGGUAUUUGAAACUCCACCGAUUUUGAAUGAUUUAUCAGACGGUUGAUUUCAAGGGAUUCUAAAGGGCUUGGUAUAAAUACCAAACCCUAUCAGAAAUCAUAACAUAAGUGGCCUGAUUUCACUUUCUCUCUCUCUCUCUCUCUCUCUCUCUCUCUCUCUCUCUCUCUCUCUCUGAAGAUAAAGGGGGAAGAACACGAACUGGCUUGCUUCCCCGACGAGCUGAUAUGCGAUGAGAAGACGAACUGAAGGUGUGAAUCGUACUGGAAUCUCUCAGUUGUUCAAAAGUGAUGUUCUCCCAUUAGCUAAGGCAGUAUUAGAUGUGGAGUGUUAACUUUUUCUCUCGUGUUCUCCCCAGGAAUCCGAAUUUUCAGGGUUGCUAAACCCCCUCUUUGUAUCACAUGGGAAUUUCCUUUUCUUGCCCAUUUUCUGAGGACUGUGAUUUAGAAAGUGGGUUAGAGUCAGUAACUGUAAAAUCGAUCAGUUUUGGAGGUGAUGAAGUAAAAACUCCAGGAUCAAUUAGUUUCAACCGCGGUGAUGCAGAACCUUCGAUAAUGAGAGCCUUAGGUUCUGGAAAGAUGACAUUAGAAACUUUUGUUAGCUUUAAGGGGGAUGAGAUAGAGAAAAUGGGCUUGCUUAAACAAAAGAGUACUGGCGUUACAUCAGUUAGCCCCCUCCGCAAAGAGGUGGACAUUGGAUCAAUCACCCCCAUUACCAAAGAAAUGGACAUUCCAUCCCCAAGAUCGGAUAGUUUGGUGGGGAUGAUCCAACCGGUGCAAACAGAUUUCACCAACCCCAAACACAUGGCGGCAAUUAAGUUGCAGAAAGUGUACAAAAGCUUUCGGACCAGAAGAAAGCUAGCAGAUUGCGCAGUUCUAGUUGAGCAGAGCUGGUGGAAACUAUUAGAUUUCGCUGAGCUCAAGCGCAGUUCUAUAUCAUUCUUUGAAAUUGAGAAACAUGAAACUGCCAUUUCACGUUGGUCGAGAGCAAGGACCAGAGCUGCCAAGGUUGGAAAGGGUUUAUCAAAGAAUAGUAAAGCACAAAAACUUGCUUUGCAACACUGGCUUGAAGCGAUUGACCCAAGGCACCGAUAUGGACACAAUCUACACUUUUAUUACGUUAAGUGGCUUCAUUGUCAGAGUAGAGAACCAUUCUUCUACUGGCUAGAUAUAGGAGAAGGGAAGGAAGUGAAUCUUGAAAAAUGCCCUCGAUCGAAACUUCAACAGCAGUGUAUCAAGUAUCUUGGACCGAUGGAAAGAAUGGCUUAUGAAGUUGUUGUGGAGGAUGGAAAAUUAUUCUACAAGCAAUCAGGGGAGCUCCUCCAUACAUCUGGAGAAGACGAGGAUGCCAAAUGGAUUUUUGUUCUCAGCACUUCAAAAUCUUGUAUGUUGGCAGGAAACAGAAGGGCACCUUUCAGCAUUCCAGUUUUUUGGCUGGUGGAGCCACAUCUGCUGCUGGGAGAUUAGUAAUUGAGAAUGGUAUCAUCAAGUGCAUCACUCUGUCCAACAGUAGAUGGUCAAAGAGAGGAAACUCCAUAUAUAUGCACUGCCCCUGUAAAGGUGUAGUUGUAGUUUGAACUGAUGAGAUGACACAUAUGCACUGCCCAUGUAAAGUUGUGUAGUUGUAGUUUAGACUGAUGAGAUGACAUUCAUGAUGAAUAAAUUUGAUUGGAAUUAAUGUAUUCUGAAGUUAUAUAUCCGAUGUAUUAUUGACAUUGUGUUAAUAUGAUGACAUUCAUGAUGAACAUAUUUGAUUGGAUUUCACUGUUGUAUUAUUUUUAUUACU